GGUUGUUUCACUGGAAAUGCAAAAAUGGUAAUGACUAGGGAGAGGCAGAGGGAGAGAUAUAAAUAAAAGAUCUAAAUUACUCAUGUUACACGUGCUUCCCAGGUCCAUGCUCAGAUACCUCUGUCUCUCCAGAAGCCAGAUCUCACUAGAAUCAUCAUGGAAUCACUUGACGCAGUGACCUUUGGGUUUAAUCUUUUCAAAGAGCUGAAUAGAAAAAAAAAUGGCAACAUCUUCUUUUCCCCUGCGAGUAUCUUAGCGGCUGUCGGCAUGCUCCUCCUGCGGACCCGGGGAGCCACUGCCACCCGGCUGCAGAAGGUGCCUCUCUCUGAAAAAGACACAGAUAGCUCAAGAAUCAAAGCUGAAGAAAAAGAGAGAGGAAGGGAGAGGGAUAGAGAGUCAGAAACAUCGAUGAGAGAGGAACAUCACUCAGCUGUCUCCUGCACACCCCCCACUGGGGAUGUGCCCGCAACCAAGAUUGAGAAGACCAAAGAGAUACACCAUCAAUUCCAAACAUUUUUGAGUGAAAUAAGCAAACCCAAUAAUAAUUAUGAGCUGAAAAUAGCCAACAGGCUAUUUGGAGAGAAGACAUACCUUUUCCUUCAAAAAUACUUAGAUUAUGUUGAAAAAUAUUAUCAUGCUUCUCUGGAACCUGUUGAUUUUGUAAAUGCAGCAGAUGAAAGUCGAAAGAAGAUUAAUUCCUGGGUUGAAAGCCAAACACAUGAAAACAUCAAGGACCUGUUUCCUGAUGCCACUCUAAGCAGCACCACGAAGCUGGUGCUGGUGAACAUUGUGCAUUUUAAAGGGCAAUGGGACAGGGAGUUUAAGAAAGAACAUACCAAGGAGGAGGAAUUUUGGCUGGAUAAGAACACAAGUAAACCUGUGCAGAUGAUGACACAGCGUGACUCCUUCAGCUUCACUCUCCUGAAGGACCUGCAGGCCCAAAUUCUGGGGAUUCCAUAUAAAAACAGUGACCUAAGCAUGUUCGUGUUGCUGCCCAAUGACAUCGAUGGUCUGGAGAAGAUUAUAAAUGAAGUAAGUCCUGAGAAAUUAGUAGAGUGGACUAACCCAGGGCAGAUGAAGGAAAAGACUGUGGAUUUGCACUUGCCCCGAUUUGAGGUGGAAGAUAGUUAUGAUCUGGAGGCGGCGCUGGGCGCCAUGGGGCUAGGGGAUGCCUUCAGUGAGCUGGAGGCUGACUAUUCAGGGAUGUCCCCACGUUCAGGGCUGCAUGCCCAGAAGUUUCUGCACGGGUCCUUUGUGGUGGUGACUGAGGAAGGUACCGAGGCUGCAGCAGGCACCGGGAUGGGCUUUGCGGUCACAUCAGUGCCCAGUUAUGAAACUUUUCACUGCAAUCAUCCCUUCCUGUUCUUCAUCCGGCACAACGAGUCCAACAGUGUCCUCUUCUUUGGCAAAUUUUCCUCUCCUUAGGCCAGUCACUGGCUUGGCAGAAAACCAGUGUUGGAGUAUUAAUAUGACUAUGGUAGUAGCCCAUUUUUUGAAGAAAUUUGAUUUUCUUGCUUGCAUUUCAAUCCAACCCUCAAAAUGUAUGAUUUUAGUGACCGCACUGGGUGUGUGUGUUUAUAAUUUUCUUUAAAAGUGAAAUGUCCUUUUGUUUGUGUCAUGUAUAAAGUGAGUUAAAUCAAGGCUUAUAAAUAUGCUGUUGAUUUCUUCUAAAAGUAAAUGAACGACUUGUAGUUUUAUGCACUAAUGAAAAAAAACUGUCUUGUCAGUAAAGACUAUGGAUUAAUGAUUUUGGGAGUCCCUCCAGCUCUAAUAUUUUGAAAGAUUAUAAUAAAAAGUGAAAUAAAACAGUAGUUUACUCAA